AUGUUUCUGAUCAUGAAAUACAUCCCAGAGAUGAACUUUCUUCAAUGCAGCGAUGAUAGUGUUAUCUGGGAUAGAAGAAGUAGGAUCGAGAUUCAGAAAAAUGCUGCUUCCUUCGAUGAAUAUGGAUUCUUGGGAAAUGGUGUUGAGAUUGGUUCUGAGGAGUGA